AUGUCUCACAAUGGCCUUCGCUCACCGAAGCUCCCAUCCAUAGCCUCAGUUUCGUCGUCUCAAGCAAAAGCCAUUGUCCAAGGCAUAAGGGAUGUGUACUCACUCCACUCCGCCGAGGCAUCUUCCCCGCGCCACAAACUGGUGGAACUGUUGCAUGCCUCGCUAGAGCUAUGCAUCAACGCAGUGUGGAGCCAUGACAAAGGCGGUGCCCAUAUCGAGUCUGGAUCCAUUCGAGAAGGGCUCGAAUGCCUUACUUGGUCACUACAAGUCGCCAAGCAUACAAUCGCGUCUACGCCCAGCUCUACAGAACUGUUUGAGAGCGACGAGCAGCAGAAGUUGGCGCCAGUGUUGUGGACCUGCCUAGGAUCGACUCAUCGUGCGACAUCGCAAAGUGCCGCGAAGCUCCUCGCUGUUAUCGUGGACUAUCUCCCGUCGCACUGUUUCCUUAUCGACUCUUUUAUCGAGAGAUGCGUGCCUCUACGUGGAGACCGCGCUUCGCUCGCUGCGCUCUUCAUCUUUGCAGCUCACGACGCUGCCUGGGUCCUGGCAAAGGCGCCGACUCUGUACGGUGACUUGCUGGUCAGCGGCAACUCGCACCUCGAUGCUUCGACGUCGAAGAAGGCGAGCAUCGGAAAAUUCCUCCUGCAGCAGCUGGCCGUGCAGCAUGAAUGCGAUCUGUCGUUGUCACGUCUCACGCAAGAAGCGCAGUGGUCGAGAUGGUGUCAGAGCUGGAAGGCUCCGCUAGCGGAAGCUUUGUUGACAGGUUCAGCAGCAGCUCGCAAAGAUAUGGGCAUCUUUCAUGUCACUGCUCUCCUCGGAGUCGCUCCCGCUGCACUUCGUGUUCUGCUACAGCAUCUGAACGACACCUCUGCCAAGAAGCCAUAUUUCUUGCACACUUUUCUCACCGUCCUAAAAGCUGCUCAAAGUUUGGGCCUGGCGGCCGUCGAGCGUAGCGACGGUCACGGCGACAACGAUGGCGAUAACGACGCAUUAGAAGUGCCGAGCAUCAUUUUACAAGAUGCGGCUGCUUCGUCUUCGCCGGAGCUGCAACAGCUUGCAUUGAGUCUAGCGGUAGACUCGCGGUCACGAACAGGGCUCUUCGGCGAGGGGGAAUUGCGUGUGGUCAGACCAUUCCUUGCCCAGAGCUUCAGCUGCACAGGUCCUGAAAGUAGGGGUAUUGGUCAGAGCACAGUCACGAGGAUGAUGGCAAGGCUGCAAUCGAGCUGCUUUGGCGCAACCCGGGAUUUGAACAGGAUCGAGGCGCUGCAUCCUAGCGACAUGUCGGCCGCGCUUCAGCGCCGCCGCGAGGAAUUGUCAAAUGGACUGAAGCGCUCAAAGGAUUUCCUGCUCUGGUUGGCUGCUCGAUCGCAGCAUGCCUUGUAUCCAGGAAGCCCCUUCUACGCAUGCUCUAUGGCGCUCUUCUUUCUGGACCAUCUCCUUGCUUUGGAUACCGCUGCUUCCAAAGAUACAGUGAUUGCGUCCAAAGCACCAAAGCAUCUAGGAGAGAGCGCUUUCGCAGAUUUUCGCUUCAACUUGCAGUUGACCACACCCCAGCUUGCGCGAGCUCUGCUAACGUGCAUCGACAGUACAUAUCCCGGCAUUCAGGCGAUCGCAAUGGACUUGUUGGCGCGCUUCCCAGCUCCGAUACCUGGGAUGGAGACGAUAGACGCAGCUGAAGGCGCCAUUCUAGCGCGUGCAGCGCGCCUCAUUUUAGGACCCAGAGAGGCAGACAGUACUGCGGCUGCCAGUUUAUCUACGCUCUUCUUGAGGGUGUACGUGCAAAGGUGUCUGUGGUCAGUGAGACCAAUCUCAGCGUUUGCGUUGGAUACGUUGCGCUUGCCAUCCGAAUCUCGAUCGAAAAGUGCCGGUCAUGAAGUGGGAAGAGCAGAGCUGUCGGUGUUGUUUAUCGACCAACACCUAGAGCUGGUCUCCAAUUUGCUUGAUGAAGCUCAAGCCGGUCAGGAAGCUUUGGUCCAAGUCGCAUAUAAUCGGCCUUUGCAUGGCGCUCUGAUUGCUCUGCAGUCCUUGUUCCGCGAAGCAAGCAGUGACCUCCAGCAGAAUCAGACGACAAGUGCUGCAGUCUUCCGCCGAGCAUUGUUUAUCAUCGACCGUGUCUGGUCCAUCACUCGAACAGUCCUGUGCAACAAUGCUCCAGAAGGCCCCGCGGCCUCACAGCCGGACCACGAGAACGCACGUGCGCUAGCCCUGGCAGGUGAAGAAGACGAUCAGACCACUGAAGGUACCUCUCCGGCGUAUCAGGCACUACUAUCGUAUUGCUGGCGCAGUAUGAAGGAGGCUUCUCUGCUGCUUGCGCAGCUCGUACAGCUGGCCACCAACCCGGACACGACGGCAGCAGAUGCCCCUUUAAGCCUUGAAGACCUGCAAGAUGUCGGCAAGCGUUUCGUGGAGUGGAUGACUUGCGUGCGCCACCGAGGCGCUUUCAGCACGAUUGCACCAUCUUUCGCUCAGACAGCAGCCAGCCUACGGAAGCUGCGGAAGUGGCCGGAGGCAAGUGCGUUGCCGCAGCAUUGGCUCUACAGCUUUGUCAAUCUGAUAGAGGACUCUGGAAAGAGCCUUUCAACGACCAGAAGAAGUGCGGGCAUCGGCUCUGCCGUCCUGGCUCUACUCAGUGCAGUGCCUCCGGAAGAUCACAACACUAUUGAGGCCACUAUGCAACGACUGGUCGACCUUCUCAAAGGCAGCAGUGCUUCAAAUAUAGAGGCACAGACGCACGCGUUCAACAUUACGCGCGUUCUCGUUGACGAUGCUGCUUUAUCUUCUCGGCUUGCAUCUUACAACGGCAACUUGCUCGUAAUCGUUGUCGAACGUUUCAGCUCGGAGCAUUGGGGCAUUCGAAACGCGGCCAUGAUGCUCUUCAGCGCGCUCAUGCGGCGCAUUCUGCCGAGACGGACGCCAAAUUUGGACGCGCCCGAGGCUCGUGUACGCUUUCAGGUAUUCUUCACUCGCUAUCCAAGGUUGAAAGCCGCAUUGGAGGACCAGCUUGGACGGCUCAGUAGACUGACGACUCCACUCGAAAAUGGCACGGUAUCAAGUAGCGUUGGUGACAGCCAAAGUGCUUUGUAUGCCAUUCUGAUGCUGUUGUCGAACCUGCAAGUCGAUAACAUGCAACGCGGUGCGACGCUAAAUGCAGACAACUUCAGAACAGCUGUAGAGCGUUGCUUGAGCAGCCCGCGUUGGAUGGUGAGUGAUCGAUUUGUGCGUGAGAGCGCAGUGUAAAGCUGAUACCCCCAUCUUGCCCCCUCCAGCUUCGCGAGGUUGCAGCCAAGGCCUAUAGCUCUUGUGUCGCGUCAGACGAGCAUGUGAGGGCAGCCGCCAGGUUAUUGCUCACAUGUUCAAGAGGCGAUCAAAAUCACGCCCAUGGUAGCAUGCUGGCGGCAGAACGAUUGCUGAUCACUCACGAAGGCCGAAAUCCGGAUGAUGUCGCAUCAUUGCAUAAUGCUCUCGAUCAACUUGUGCCUCUUUGGCUGGAAAGCAAUCCAUGUGGACCGACUCAGGCUGCUUUCAUGGGCGUUGCAUUCGCCUUUACAAUUCAAUUAGGGCCCCUCGAAUCUCCUAAGAUGACCAGCUUCGCUAUUGCGAUGCUGGCGCAGGGCGCUACGCCGAGCCACGCAGGCAAACAGAGAGCAGCCGGCUUUCCACGCCUGCUUCAACAGUGCGCACGCUUCGUCGCCCAAGAGUUAUUGUCCGCCGGCAACACCUCUCAGAUACGGAAUAGCCUUCUCAGGAACCCAUCGUCUGACGUGCGCUUCGUUGCCAUCGAAAGCUUGGCAACCUCAGAUGAUGCGGCUCAUCUCACCGACAGUGUGCUUGCGGAUGUUCUGCACAUCUUAACAAACGGCGCGGAAGAGGUCUGGGUUCAAUGUGCCGCCGGUCGCUUGCUCAGUCGCUGGUGCCUUCAGAAUACAGGAAGGCAUCUCCCAGGUUCUCCCGGAGCUUUGGCGCGGGUGUCUAAUAUUUUCACUCGAGCAGGUGCUGCAGAGCCACUCAAAGAAGCGGCAUUGCCAGCCUUGGCCAGCCUGGCCAGCGGAGCUGCCGAGCUGCCGGGUCCGACUGCUUCUGCAGCUGUUGCGGACGUUUGCGAACUCGUUGUCCCCUUUUCGGAAGAACGUCAGGUGAGGCUGGUGGGAUGUUGCGCAGGGAUCACUCCGUGAAGGCAAGCUGAUCCACCUUCAUCUAUGUUCUGUCCUCUGUAUCUGCGCAGGCGCUCGACUUGCGGAUCGCUGCAGUGCGAUCACUGUCCCUGAUACAGAAAGCCCUCUUCAGCAGGCAGUGUCCAGCUGACGAUGGUACUAUCGCAGUCAGCGCGCAGCAAAGCAAGGCUGUCUUUGAGGCGCGCACAGCUCUCAUCAGAAUGCUCAGUGAUGACGACGAAAAUAUCCGGGAUACUGCUGUCGACGUCUUCACGAACCUUGUCGGCUCCGCCGCUGACGACGACAACUUGCCGACCGUGGAUGCGAUCUUUGAUGCUGCGAUGAGACGCGCGCGGUCUUUGGGAAUGGGCAGCCUCGCUAGUGCAGAGCGCGCAUGGACUUGGAUGGAAGAGCGUUACGCCAACACGACACUAUCGUCUUUGUGGGAACGAUGGGUAUGGGGCCAUUUGCUGGUUAGCGAAGACCGACUACGUAAGUCGCGAAAUGAUGUCAGAUGCGAUCUCUCUUUGAGGAGAUGGGGCUGACAAGCUGCAUCGCGAUCCUUAGAGCAUGAGUUGCAUCUCAGUGCAGCAUCUCACAGCGUCCUUUUUGCUGAGGAGGCGCCGAACCUGUACAGACAGGUCGUUCAUGACCUCGAGAUCGCCGCUCGCUUUGCGUCGAAAUGCGCCUUGCCACCAGAGUCUGCUGGUGCUGAUGCGCUUUUGGAAGAGCAGCUCGCCGUCUUGAAACGCGUGAGCUCUGUAUUGGCGUCGCGUAGAGGUGGUGUGUCGGAUGAAGUCGAGGCAACUACGCCGGCGCAGUACGCACUCGCUCUCCGAUCUGCUCUGGCUUCACGAGCCGUACAAAAGAGCCUGGCACGCACUGGAAUUCAUCCUCGCCAGACACUGCUGGAUCACGCAUCUGCCUUGGAGCUGCGCGUUGCAGCGCAAGCUGGAAUUGGCGCGAGAUUAGAAGCUUUUGCGCAGCAGCAAGUUUUGCAAGAUCAUGAGCUGUCGUCGCUUGGCUCGCGCCUCCGAAUUGCGUGAGCUGCAUCUUGUACACGCGAUCCCAGAUUUGUGGACUGAUGCAAGAACACCGUCCUCAUGCAAUCUAUACACCUGCCUGCAUCUUUCGCAGUAUGAUAUCAGACUUUUUCUAUCCGAACAUUGGAGGCGUAGAAGGCCACAUAUACAUGCUCAGCCAGCGUUUGAUUUCCCGCGGACACAAGGUAAGCGGGCCCUCACUGACGACCGACAGAGGUGGCAGGCUGACCCCUGUCUCAGCGGUCUCUUGCUGGCAGGUCAUCGUGAUCACGCACGCAUAUGACCCGGAGCGCACAGGGGUGAGGUAUCUGACCUCUGGCCUCAAGGUGUAUCACAUCCCAUUUCAAGUAAUUGCUCGGCAAGACACAUUGCCGCAAUUCUUUGCGCUGUUUCCCGUGCUGCGCAGCAUUCUCAUACGCGAACGGAUCGACAUUGUGCACGGGCACCAAGCCUUGUCGAGCAUGGCUCACGAGGGCAUCUUGCACGCUCGUACGUUGGGCGUCCGCGCUUGCUUUACCGACCACAGCUUGUUUGGAUUCGCCGACGCCGCGAGCAUCUUGACCAACAAGCUGCUCCGAUUCGCGCUGAGCGAUGUAGACCAUGUCAUUUGCGUCAGCCACGUCGGGUGAGUCCCUAUCUGCUAGGCGUACUGUAUCAGGCGACUGACUGACCAGAGCUGGCCUGCGACUCCAUAGCAAGGAAAACACAGUGUUGCGCGCAGCUUUGGAUCCACGCAAGGUGUCAGUCAUUCCGAAUGCAGUCGUCGCUUCUCAAUUCACCAUCGGCCCCACUCCAUCGUCUCGUGACGGGCGUGAGUAUCGGCUACUGUAGAGCCGCGGGCUACAGAGUAGUCGAGGAUCCUAACGACGCGCGCUCCCUAAAUAGUGACAAUCGUCGUGCUCAGUCGCCUAAUGUAUCGAAAGGGCAUUGAUCUGCUCAUUGCUUCCAUACCUCGAAUCUGCGAGAAACACCCGGACGUUCGCUUUGUCAUUGGCGGUGACGGCCCGAAACGUAUCGAGCUGGAACAAAUGCGAGAGCGAUACUUGUUGCACGAAAGGGUAGAGCUUUCUGGAGGUAUCCGACAAGGAGACGUCCGCGAUGUGAGUGCCGCACGCUUCCACUCUCCAAAUUUGUGAUACUUAACAAAUGCUGUGUCCUCUCGCGUAGCAUCUGAUCCGCGGUCAGAUCUUUCUCAAUACGAGUCUCACGGAAGCCUUCGGAACGUCGAUCAUCGAAGCUGCAUGCGCUGGCUUGUACGUCGUCAGCACGAGUGUAGGUGGUGUCCCCGAAGUGCUUCCUCCGUGGAUGCGAGUGCUAGCCAUACCAGACGAAGACGGUACGUCGUCGAUACGUGUGAUGUCUACUUGGCGUGCUUUUGCUCACAACGCAGCACGCUGCCCAUUGUCAGACGUCGUACGUGCUAUGGAUGCGGCAAUCGAGCACGUUAGAUCCGGCAAGCAUGAUCCCGCUGCACAUCACGAAGCAAUCGAAAAGAUGUACUCUUGGGCAGACGUCGCAGAGAGGACGGAGAGGGUUUACCAUACCGCAAUUGCCGCACCUUUUCCAGAUCGGCUCGACCGCUUCCAGCAGUGAGUCGAAGCGGGUGGGCAUUCGAUGCGCGGCAUCGCAUCAGCUCUCUGCACAUGCUGAUCAAAAUCACCAUCAAACAGAUAUCACGCCGGCGGCUUUGUCGCUGGCAAGAUUUUCUGCAUCAUCGUUGCCGUAGACAUGCUUUUUUUGGGAUUGCUCGAAUGGUUGAUGCCGGCUCAGAAUAUCGAAAAAGUCGCGGACAUUGUGGAUGAGCAGGAAUGGCGACUAGGCCUGGGGCAGGAUUGCCCUCACCACACUGGUGACUGA